AUGUUAAAUUCUGGUGUCGGGAAUGGGGUAUCUGUAUCUCAACAACAGCUCCAACAACUUCAACAACACCUGCUGCAACAACAACAACAACAACAACUGCAACAUACACAACUCCAACAACUGCAACUGCAGCAAGUCAAACAAAAGAUUGAUCUUCAACAUUACCACUUUACUUCAACGUCUGAAGAAAUACUAAAGAAAUAUGCCAGGAACCCUGCUUCAUUGAUUCUACACAUAUUUGAAACUCAUUAUAGAUUUAAUAAUUCACAAGACUCCCAAAUCAUACCUAAAGAUUCACCUAUGAUUAAGGAUUUCAUGCAUCAUGUAUUAAAAGAGGAGAUUCCCGUUGAAAUGAGUGAGUUACUCAAAGACUUUUCAAUUAAAUCCUAUGAUGGUUGUCUUAUUUUGCAAGUGUAUGACCAUAGACAUAUGGUUAAAACAACAGUAACCCAGCCUAGACCAGCUAAUGCAAGUAAGGAUACGAAGCCAGUCACUACUAUAGUAUCUAAACCCAAAACAUAUAGGACCUUGCUUAAACCUACUCCACUUUCAAUUUAUUACGACUUGCUUUACCACACGGAUUCCGCUUUGACCAAAUUCACCGACACUUUAUCACUUCAAAUGGAAUCUGAAAUAUUGACCUUGACAAAUAGAAAAUUGGAUUUAUCUGUUCCUUUAAACCCAUAUGCUUGUGAUGAUUACCUCAAACCUGAAUCUGAAUCUACACAUAUCGAGUAUGACGAAGUUUUGGAUGAUAACAAGGUAGCAUUUAAUCACAGAUCUGCAAGUAGCUAUCCAGCUCGUAAAAUCCAUCAAGAUGAAUUGGUAUUACAUAAAUCCUCCGAAUAUGAAGAGAUUAUGUUGUUGUUGUCGAAUAGGCACAAACGUUCUGAUGAACCACAAGAUAAGAAAUUAGUAAUGGUUCAUUCAUCAACUUUACCUAUUGCCACAGCUGCUCCAGUAGUGACUAAUUCAGGUAAACAAGGAAGUAAAGAGGCAUCGGCUGGAGUUGAUGGCAAGGGAAAGAAAAGUGAUAAGUCUAAUAUUGCUUCUUCUGCUCCAAUUCCAUCAACAUUAUCUAGCACCCAGAACACCAGUAGAUCUACAGGACAGUUUAUGAGAUUAAGAUUGAUUGAAGAAAUCAGAAAGAAGAGGGAAGCAGAAAAGCUUCAACAGGAAGCCAAGAUCCAAGCUCAAGCUUCUGCUGUUCAACAAACUGACUCAAUUGCAGCAGCUGCUGCGGCGGCUGCUGCUGCACCGGUGCCCACCCCUAUGUCUGCUCCAAUGGGUGCACCUGAAUCUCAACAAGUCAAACAACCACAAGCUCCAGGACCUCAACCAGCUGCCAAAAGAGUUAAAAAGGAACCAACAAAGAAACAAUUGGCGGCACAAGCCCAGGCACAAGCAAAAUCACAACAAGCGCAGGCGCAAGCAAGUUUACAAUCGCCCCAAUUUAACGGUGGUAUGGCUUCUUCAACUUCCACUUCUCAAGUACAAUCAUCUUCAAGCACUCCAUCAAUGAGAAACAACCAACCACCACCAACUCCCGUUCCUCAACAACAACAACAACAACAGCAGCAACAUCAACAGCAAAUGGGCGCUCCAAGUCAAGGACAAGGACAAAUGUCAUUACUUCAACAGCAACAACAACAGCUUUUCCACAAUUCUUUAACACCUGAAGAGCAACAAAUGUUCAAACAAAUGCAGCAAAAGGCUCAAGCGUUUGCAAUCAUGGGUAAUACUGGAAUAACACCAAAUAGACAGCAAUUGACUCCACAACAGAAGCAGCAAGCUUUGCAACAAUCCAAGAACAUCCAACAGCAAUUAGUAGAGAAAUUCCCCGUUUAUUUCCAGAGAUUAAGAGAACUUCACGCCAUUCAACAACAGAGACAGCAGAAACAGAAAUUACAACAACAAAGACAGCAACAACAAGCCCAGGCGGUGGCAGCUGCAGCUGGCACAAAUCCUGUUGAUCAACAGCAUACUAAUAUUGCAGGUAAAACUGUUCCUGGGUCUGCAUCUGUCGUUCCUGAGCCCAAGAAGAAAAGGCAAUAUAGGAAAAAGAAUGCAAAUCCAACGACUUGAUUAGCAUUUUGUUGAAUAUAAAUUUGUAUUAUCAUAUAAAAAAUAUACGCUUGUAAUUAAUAAGAAACAUUAACAUAUAUAAAAGAAGAGAUAAGAAUCACUCAAAAACAAAAAUUUAUACACAUAUGGCUAAGUGUCGACAAAUAUAUAGAGAAAACAAACAAGACCUUACAAACCAAACUGAACCGUAACCGUAUCAAACCUUAAAUAACCUUUCCAAUGGUCGACUCCUAAUCUGAUUGAUCUUGGCGCUCAAGAGAAUGACCGUAAAUACCAAGCGCAGUAAUGGUUGCAAUAGCAUAAAACAACCCUUUUCCAAUCUCCUUGGCAAUAGUUUUGAUAACUGAGCUUCUCUUCUUCUUUGUAGGAGGUUCUUCUACAACUGGUUCUUUAUCCUUGUUCUCUUCCAUUUCCUGGUGAUUUCUUUUCCUUGUAUGACAGGAAGGAGUAUAUGAUACAGUUGGAAUGUUACAUGAUGUUACAUUAGAUUCUGAGUUUUCUGAGUCUUGAUCACAUUUUAUCAUGUCUUGUGUCAAACAGAUCUGAAUAUUUUGAAGUACUACUGAUUCAUCAUCAACACCAUUAUCUUCAGAUUCAGAAUCUUCUUCUUCUAAUAAAUCAUACUCAUCUUCAUCACCUUGAUCAUCUUGUUCUAACAAAUCAUAUUCAUAUACUUCUUCUUCCUCUUCAUCAUCAUCAUCAUCAUCAUCCUCGUCGUCGUCUUCUUCUUCCUCUUCUUCAGCAUCAUCAUCAAAAAUUUCUAGAAUUCCUACCUUUGGAAUCAGGGGAAGUUUUUCACCAUCCUCAUCCUCACCAUCAUCAUCAUCUUCUUCUUCUUCUUCUUCAGGCUCUUCUGUUUCAUAAUCGUCUUCUGAUAUUUCCAGAUUGGCACCCUCUUCCAAUUCAUCCAGUUCAUUAUCCUCUUCUACAUCUUCGUCAUCGUCUUCUUCCUCGGUAUCAUCAAUGCCCUGCUCAUUUUGUGUCUCAUCAUAAACAUCUUUGUAUUCAUCCUCUACAGUUUCUCCUUCUACAAUGACGUUGGCUAUUUUAGUUUCAACCUUUUCACAAUCUUCAUUUUCAGAUUGGUUGCCAUCAAAUACAACAUAGGACUCUUCCAUUUCUUCCAAUAAUACAUUCAUUUUAUCAGAUUUGUGUUGUACUUCAUUUUCUUCCUCGACAUCUUCUUCAACUUGAUCUUCUUCUUUAUCAGCCUCAGCAUCUUCUUCGAUCUGAUCAUCAUCUUGUUCGCUAUUGUUUUCUUCCUUUGUUGUAACAUCUUCUUUUACUACUUUAUUUGCAGUUACUCUUACAGGAUCUUUAUCACCUUCGGAUUCCAAAUCCUUUAAUCUUGGUUUAAUAGAAAGUGGUUCUGGUAAGAAAAUGCUCUCUUUUCCUUGUUCCUGAUUAGCAUCCGGUGCAUUAACAGUAUAUUCAGGUAAUUCAAUCACAUCUUCAUCACUAUCAAUUACCAUUGAAACAACAGAGACAUUAUCUGAACUCUCAUCGUAUGAAGCAUGAUCAGAAGCGUGGUCCUUGUUGUAAUCUUCCUUUUGUUCAUAACCGUCGCUGUCACU